CACAGUACUUUCAUUAUUGGCUAUGAAGUUUAUCUGUCUUCUGCAUAAGGGGAUUGCCGAGUGAUUGCCGCGCAUGCGCAAAACUUGAUUCCGUUAGCUGUCAGAGCAGAAUGUUUUCCUCCCAGUCCAUGGACCAAACUUAGCGCAGCGACAAGCGGCUAGCUUCGAAAAUGUAUCCAGCGGAGAACGGCAUACUGCGAACAUUCGGAGUUUUAAAACAACAAAAAUGUCUAUAGCGAACUGUUUUCGGAAACUUGAGCUCUGUGAGUACGAACUUGGACACUACUGUCGAAACCACACUUAGGGUAACGUAUCAGCUGCUAAAGUUAACUACGGAGCUUUGUAAAGUUGGCACCGUCCUUCAGGAAGAUUAUUAUUUUUAGGUUUUGUACAUAUCAGUGAUGAAAAUGGCAUACUUGUAAGUAACCAUUAAUUAUGGUAGCUACUCUAACGACGGGUGUAGUGUAGAACCGGAGUAAAACAGGAUUUAAAGGAGCUGGGCGGGUAGCCCGGCUGCUCCGUUGCGAUGGGCAACCGCGGGAUGGAGGAUCUGAUCCCGCUGGUCAACCGGCUUCAAGAUGCCCUGAGCAGCGUGGGCCAGAGCUGCAGCCUCUACCUGCCGCAGAUCGCUGUGGUGGGCGGCCAGAGCGCAGGCAAGAGCUCCGUGCUGGAAAACUUUGUGGGCAGAGACUUCCUUCCACGGGGUUCGGGAAUUGUCACUCGCAGACCUUUAAUCCUCCAGCUGCUUAGUGCUAACACUGAGUACGGUGAAUUUUUCCAUUGCAAGGGAAAGAAGUUCACAGACUUUGAGGAGAUCCGCAAAGAGAUCGAGGCAGAGACACGCAGACUCACAGGAUCCAAUAAAGGCAUCUCCCCUGUCCCCAUCAACCUACGGAUUUAUUCACCACACGUGCUGAACCUGACUCUUGUGGACCUGCCUGGCAUCACCAAGGUGCCUGUAGGCGACCAGCCGGCAGACAUAGAGUACCAGAUACGAGACAUGAUCAUGCAGUUCAUCUGUAAGGAAAACUGUCUCAUCCUGGCUGUCACGCCAGCUAACACUGACCUGGCCAACUCUGAUGCACUCAAACUGGCCAAAGAUGUUGACCCACAGGGCCAGCGCACAAUUGGUGUAAUCACUAAGCUGGACCUGAUGGAUGAAGGAACAGACGCCCGGAACAUUCUAGAGAACAGGUUGCUUCCCCUGCGCAGAGGUUACAUAGGGGUGGUGAACCGCAGUCAGAAGGACAUUGAUGGGAAAAAGGAUAUUAAGGCAGCCCUUCUUGCAGAGAAGAAGUUCUUCCUUUCCCACCCGGCCUACAAACACAUGGCUGAAAGCAUGGGCACCCCAUAUUUACAAAGAAUACUUAACCAGCAACUGACAAACCACAUCCGGGACACUCUGCCAGCCUUCCGUACUCAUCUGCAGGGCCAGCUUCAGGACUUGAAUAAAGAGGCUGAAAAAUGCAAACAGUUCAGUCCUGAUGACCCUGGACAGAGAACCAAGACACUGCUACAGUCAGUUCAGCGCUUGGCUGUGGACUUUGAGAAGCUAAUCGAGGGCUCGGGCGACAGAGUAGACACCGUUAAUCUGUCAGGAGGUGCCAGGAUCAACCGAAUCUUCCAUGAGCGUUUCCCCAAUGAACUGGUCAAGAUUGAAUUGGAUGAGAGAAAGCUGCGGCGGGAGAUCAACUAUGCCAUCAGAAACAUCCAUGGUGUUAGGACGGGUCUGUUCACUCCUGAUAUGGCCUUUGAAGCCAUAGUCAAAAAACAGAUAUCAAGGCUAAAGGGGCCGUGUAUUCAAUUUGUAGACACGGUCAGUCAAGAACUAAUCUCCACUGUGUACCAGUGUAUCAACAAGCUCAGUUCCUUUCCCAAACUGCAAGAUGAGACCGAGAGAAUUGUAACCGCUGAAAUACGAGAGCAAGAGAGCAAAUGCAAAGAUCAGAUCGUGUUGCUCAUUGACAUACAGCUUGCCUACAUAAAUACCAAACAUGAAGAUUUCAUUGGCUUCACUAACGCCCAGCAGAUGUACAACCAAAGCAACAAGAAGACUGCUGCAGGGAUGGCAGGAAACCACGGUGCGGCCCCUCCUUCCAGACUCGUAGUCAUACGCAAGGGCUGGCUGACCAUCAGCAACAUCGGCAUCAUGAAAGGUGGAGCCAAGGAAUACUGGUUUAUCCUCAGUGCAGAGAGCCUGUCCUGGUUCAAGGAUGAUGAGGAGAAGGAGAAGAAGUACAUGCUUCCUCUGGACAAUCUGAAGCUCCGAGAUGUGGAGAAGGGCUUCAUGUCCAGCAAAUUUGCCUUUGCUAUCUUCAACACCGAGUUAAGGAACGUGUAUAAGGACUACAAAUGCCUGGAGUUGGCCUGUUACUCUCAGGAGGAGUUGGACAGCUGGAAGGCGUCUCUGCUACAGGCCGGAGUCUACCCUGAGAAAGUCACCGUGGACGGGCAGGGAAAUGGAGCUCCUGAAAACUUCACAGACCCCCAGCUGGAGCGUCAGGUGGAAACCAUUCGUAACCUGGUCGACUCCUACAUGAGCAUCAUCUAUAAGACCAUGAAAGACUUGAUGCCAAAGACCAUUAUGCACCACAUGAUCAACAGCGUGAAGGAGUUCAUUAGCUCUGAGCUCCUGGCCCAGCUCUACGCUCUGGGAGAGAGCUCAGCGCUGAUGGAUGAGUCACCGGAGCAGCAGCAGCACCGGGAGGAAGUGCUCCGCAAGCACGCCGCCCUGAAGGAGGCGCUCGCUGUCAUCGCAAAGUUCUCCACCUCCACCUGCACCACCCCUCUGCCUCCACCUGUAGACUCCUCCUGGAUACGGCCCUCCAGCCCGACACUCCCUAGAAACUCAGUGACCAGUGGCAAGCCAGCGGUUCGAGGCCAUGCCCCAUCUGUCCCUCGGGUGCAUGCUCACACUCCUUCCCCGAGCACUGAUGGCCUUCAGCCCAACCGUGCUCCACCUAGUGUGCCAAGGAGGCAUCCUCCAGCUGUCCCAAAGGUCAAAUAACAUCUCUGCUCAGAACUCCAUUACCCAUGAUCCUUCUAGCUGCUGCUCAGUGCUGCCCAGAGACACCCAUGACCUGUGUGAUGUGUAAUCCAGCUGAAGCACUACGCUGGGCUUCUCUCUGACUCCUCUGGGAGCUGCUGUCUGCAAAAUUCACUAAAUCUUGAGCCUGUUUUGUACAUAAUAUCGUCGGCCAUAAAUUGCGGAAUGUGCUCCGCUGUCUGCAGACUCUUCCUCAAGUGCCUGAACUUUGUGUAAAUAGAAAUACUAUUUUUGAGUUAUUCUACUAAAAUAGAAUACACAUGCAUUAUUUUCACUGUUGAAUAAACACAAACAGGUUUUAUUUUUUAAA